CUCCAUGGCGUGGUACUGUGGUACUACACUCCGUUCCAUUCAGUUACGGUGGACAAGGAGUGCCGUCCAUUUAGCGUCCUUGGCAUCAGACAAGCUAAGCUACUUUGACGUCAUUGCGUGUAAAAGUGUGUUGACAAGUGAAACAAAGUUGUGGUAGUCACUGUGUGCGCGUGAAUAUGAAUAAUCAUUUCAACAGUUCCUCAAUCAAGAUCCGUCUAGUCUAGUAAAAGUUCGAGGUGAGAUAGUCUGAAGGACCCCCAGUGGAGGGAAAGUGAGCUGGAAGGGGAGGAGUCACCGGAGCCAAACGGGGGCCCAGAACAAAAUGUGUCCCCCCGACUGGGGGGGCUUUUAGUCCCUAGCAGCAUGCUACGAGAGACCUGCGGAUCUUUUUGCUCAAUGGAAGAGAAGCCAAGGUUGACCGUGUUGUCUUGCUGACUGACAGCCCCCCGUCUCACCCGGCAUGGACGCCAACUUCUGUGUCGUCUUGUCCGCCGUCCUGCUUGCUGUCGUCCCGCCGUCUUCAUCCUUCCCGGAGCCUUCGGACCUGCUGUACGACGACGCCGUGCGGGCGUUCUACCGCGGCGACUACGGCGACACGGUGCGCCUCAUGGAAGCGGCGCUCAGCAGCCACGCCGAAGUUCGCCGCUCCAAAGUCCGCUGCCGGCUGAGGUGUCAGGACCAGCAUCAGUUCCUGGACAGCUUCACCGAGCUGGGCUUCUUCGACGUGGUGCUGCGGAGAGCGGCGUGCGUGGACGCCUGCGUGGAGAAGACCGUGGGCGUGCAGUCUGUGCAUAAAGUCAGUGAGGAUGUGCUGCAGGACUUCCACAGGAGGAUCCCCUACAACUAUCUCCAGAUGGCUUAUCUCAAGCUCCAGCAGCCGGACAAAGCAGCGGCCGCAGCUCACACCUACUUCCAGGCCAACCCAGAACACGUGGAGAUGGGUCAGGACCUAGAACAGUACAAAGAUUUACAGGGGGUCGAGGAGGAUCACUUUGUGGACCGAGAAGCUCGUCCUCACCAGCGCUCCUUCACGGCGGCAGUGGCGCUAUACGAUGGAGGCCACUACGAGGGGGCCGUCCGUCUCUUCGAGGAGGCUCUGGUGGAGUACUACAAAGCUGACGUGGAGUGCCGGGCCCUGUGUCAGGGGCCGCACAGGUUUGAGGGCCACGACCACCUCGGCUACCGUUACAGCCUCUACGAAGUCAUGUCAGAUCACUUCACUCAGGUCCUACACUGCGAGCACGAGUGCGUCAGGGAGCUCGCCACCCGGCCGGGACGCCUGUCACCCAUGGAGAACUACCUUCCUCUCCACUACGACUACCUCCAGUUCGCCUACUUCCACGUGGAAAGGCUGGAGGAGGCGCUGCAGUGUGCGCUCACUUACCUUCUGUUCCACGAGGGGGAGGAGUUCAUGACGGAGAAUGUGGACUACUACAGGGAGGUGCUGGGAUACGACAGCCAACCCAGACAGGAGGUGGCGCGCUACCUGAGGAGGCACAAACAGGAGCUGGAGCUGCUGCUGAUCGGAAGUCAGACCAUGGGUGUGGACCUGCCGGAAGGGAAUUACUGGAGCAGCUCAGGUGGAAGAGACGAUACAAACAGGAUUCCAUCGGGCACGGACGGCUGGAUGGAAUAUGUUCCCAUCUCAGAGAAGAAGAAUUCGACUGUGGCCGCAUCCCAGCAUGUGAAAGAAGGUGGGCCCCUGCUGUAUGAAGGUGUGCGUCUGGUCCAUGACUCGGUGGCCUUGAACGGCAGCCGGCGGGUCCUGCUGGACGGAGUCAUCACCGAGUAUGAUUGCUCGGAGCUCCAACGCCUGGCGCACGCGGUCACCCUGGCAGGAGACGGCUACAGAGGCAGGAUGUCGCCUCACACGCCCAAUGAGAAGUUUGAAGGAGCCACUGUGCUGAAAACCCUGCAGUCUUUCCGUUUGCAGUACGGCUACGAGGGCCGAGUGCCGAUGAGGAGCGCCCGCCUCUUCUACGACAUCAGCGAGCGAGCCAGGCGCGUCAUUGAGUCGUACUUCCUGCUCAACUCCACCCUGCACUUCUCCUACACGCACCUGGUGUGUCGCACGGCCAUCACAGGUCAGCAGGACCACAGGAAUGACCUGAGCCAUCCCAUCCAUGCUGACAACUGCCUGCUGGACCCCGAGGCCAAUGAGUGCUGGAAGGAACCCCCAGCGUACACGUACAGGGACUACAGCGCACUGCUGUACCUGAACGGAGACUUUGAAGGUGGCGAGUUCAUCUUCACGGAGAUGGAUGCCAAAACGGUGACGGCGUCAGUCAAGCCCAAGUGCGGCAGGAUGGUGGGUUUCUCCUCGGGUGGGGAGAACCCACAUGGCGUGAAGGCCGUCACCAGCGGGCAGAGGUGCGCUGUGGCUCUCUGGUUCACCACGGACCCCCUCUUCAGAGAACUGGAGAGACUGCAGGCGGAUGAGGUGAUCCAGGCUCUGGACACGCAGUCUGUGUGGACUCGUGGCCUCGACAUCAACCCUAAGGAUGAACUGUAGACAAGUUUGUUGAUGCUAUUUAUUAUGACUCAAUAGUUCUAUUUUUGUACGAUCUCAAGUGCAGGUUUAGUGAAAUGGGAUGUGUGUGUGUGUGUGUGUGUGUGUGUGUGUGUGUGUGUGUGUGUGCGUGCGUGCGUGCAUGCAAUGUACUUUUUCUGUUUUUGUGUUUUACGUGGCAGUAGCAAAACACGUCAGUAGAACUAGACAACCAGUACUGCUCUCCAAACUCGUGGUUUUGGUGUUGCCAGUCGUUAUUGCGGACGCUGCACUGUUUUCUACAUCCUAUUAGCUCUCAACCGGCAUCAUUUCAAAAGAUGUUGUUCUAUUCAUGCUGAAUAUUGUAUAUAUUUAUAUCAACUGUGCACUCUGUCCUUAAAAAUAGUGUGCGUAUGGUGUAUUUGUUUUUAUUUAUGUUGUACUACAAAUGAGACAGCUGCUGUCAUUACAUUUAAUAUGAGAGCGUUUUGGGUUUUUUUCAGAAAAGAUGUCAAUCGUUCCUGUUGCAAGGAAUAUGUAUUUGAUAUAUGUGUUGAUAUACAGAUGAUAGACAGAGUCAUGCACUGUAAAUUCAAUGGGGAUUAUAUGUAGAGAGAGGUCUUGCUUUGCAGAGACUUAUUCCUGUGAGGCAAGUUUUGACACUUUGUUUUCACUGGUAUUUAAAGAUGAAAUGCACAAUAAUAUAUGUGUACAUGCCUAAUAAAUGAUAGACCUUUAGUAUUAACAUGCAUUGUUUUUAUGUUGUUGUUUAUUCUCUCACGUAUAGUGAAUAAUUGUAUUUGAAAACUGUGUUGUCUUACACUUUCAAACCACAUGUUCAAUUAUGCGGUCAUGUUGUUUGUCCUACGGGACUUGCCGUAGUCAGGAAGAAGUCCAGUACCAUAAACGAUGUACUUCUACCGCUUGUUGAGCGUUAGAAAGUCUUUGCCUAAAGAAGAAAAACAGGUCAAAAGAUGCGGGUCAUGAAUGCACGUAAUGGGACGCCUACGAAAACACCUCCAAGAAGCUCCAACAAGGUGUAGCUGAUGAAGUGCCAAUCAUCCCGUCCUACCUCUCUGGCCAGCCUCUCCUUCCGUUCCUGGGACUUGUGCAGCAGCUCUUUCUGCUGAGGAGACAGCUUGAACGUGGCCUGGCUGGGCGUCCCCGUGGCCGACUGCACCCGAC